UGUGGGUAGGGGGUGCUGGGUAUAACGCAGCUGGUCGCCUUUAAUUUCUCUUCUCCAUCGCGAGGGCUCGCCAUGGUUGGCGCAUGCGCACUGCAGUCAUAGGGAGGCAAGGACCAGCAGAGAGGCAGCGCAGAGUGGCAGCGCUCUCGGUACCAAAAAUACACAAAAAAAAUACCACAAAAGCACGCAGAGAUGCGCGUUAUUGAACCGUGAUCUCGGACGACGAGCCGGGCGCAUACGGCUGUGACGACGGUGUAACAUGCCGUGGAGAGCCGACCUCACAGUCUUCUACCGACCUGUGAAUCCGGAUCUCUGAAAGGGAAAGUAUCUCCAGGAAGGGAAAGAGGGUUCGAUCAUGGGGAACGAGGCGAGCAUGGAGGGUGGCGACGGCGCAUUGGCCGCCGGGGAGCUCACUGGACCAGAGGAGGAGCUCAGCCGCCUGAGCGAGGAGGAGCGGAGGAAGCUCGUGAGCACCAUGGCAGAGGCGCAGGCCAGGUCUUCAGAGCAUCAGCCAUCUGGAGGAAGAGGUUCGGGGGGCCUCAGUAAGAGUCGAACAGUAGACGCGUUUGGAGAGGGUCCUCCUUGCAAGCCAAAGCCAGGCCGCAGUCCUUCAUCCCUGAGCCUUCUUGAGUCCCGCUUUCGGCAAGAGCCCAAAGACCCUGAGCAGCCUCGCACCGGCAUGUUCUCCUCAUCGUUUCUGAGUGGGGUUUCUUCAGCUGUCUCCUCUGCCAGCAUUCCUAAAUUCAGCCUUUUUGGUGACGAUGAAGAUGUUGCAGCCAAACAGGGGCAGAAACCCCCUGGCCCACAGCAGGGUUCAUCCAAAGGACAAGGACCACCAGGGCAGAAGCAAGGAGCUGUUCCACAGGGGCCUGGAGGAAAGCCUGCUGGUGGAAAGCCUGCUAGUGGAACUGGAAAGCCUGGUGGACAACUAUGUCCUCUAUGUAAUACCACUGAGCUGAACGUGCAGGCCAAAGACCAGCCCCCCAACUACAGCACCUGCACACAAUGCAAACAACAGGUGUGCAGUCUCUGUGGAUUUAGUCCUCCUGACUCAGAGGGUAAAGAGUGGCUAUGUCUAAACUGCCAAAUGCAAAGAGCAAUGGGGGGAAUGGAGCCUCCGGGCCCUCCAAUGAUGAAACCCAAGCAGAGCUCGGCUCCUCCAUCCCCACAGAAGAAGGAACCACCAGCUGGGGUGCACUCAAAGGAUGAACCAGGGAAGAAGCCUUCAAUGCUGACCAAACAGCAAAGCAUAUCAGAUACAAAAGGAGCCACUCCUCCACCAACUCCCAAAGAGAAGACUCCUGGUCCAGGGGCACAACAGGAAGCUCAACCUGGACUAAAAGGUGGACAGAAGCCCCCUCCACUUCAGAAAGCUGAUCAAAGUCCAGUGGGUAGUCCCCAGCCAUCCCCUGUAAAAAAGCAAGAAGGAGGUGGCUUUUUUGGAGGCUUUGGUCUUGGAGGGUUGACAGACACGAAAAAAGGCCCUGCAGAGUCAGUUACUGGGAAAUUAUUCAGUGGUUUCGGAAGCUCAUCCAAACCACAAGGUGGCACUGCACCCAAGUCACCUGUGGCCACUUCUCAGGCAACUGAGGGUGUGUCUGGAAAGAGGUUUGGGUUUGGUUCAUCAAUCCUUAGCUCAGCCACCAACUUAAUUACUGGGGAAGAACCAAAGUCUCCUCCAGGGUCAUCGCCUGGCUCCCCAUUUGACUCUGGAGCAAAAUCUACUCCAGGUUCUUCUAAAGAGCCUGCUUCUCCUAAACCUGGGUCUACUGAUGGAAAGUCUUUAGCAGAUAAACCCAUCUCAGAGGCUGCAAAAACAGUAGCUCCUCAGCCCAUAACCAACUGUCCACUCUGUAAAAUAGAACUGAACAUGGGAUCAGGGGAUGUACCCAAUUACAGCACCUGUACAGAGUGCCAGAAAUAUGUGUGCAACCUUUGUGGUUUCAACCCCAUGCCACAUCUCUCAGAGAAAGAGUGGCUCUGCCUAAACUGCCAGACCCAAAGGGCUCUCUCUGGACAACUUGGGGACAUGCCACCUCCACCUUCUCCUUCAAAGAUGCCAGCUAAAUCGCAACCUACUCCUCCCUCUUCCCCAGCCAGAGCUGCCUCCACAACCCCUUCACCCUCUGCUCCUACUGUCACUGCUCCCCCAACCAAAGCGCUCACCCGGACCCCUAGUGUAACUCAGGCUCCAGCUGACAAGUCUGAGCAUGACUCAGCCACAGCUGAUGCUAAGCAUUUAUUAGAGUCAGCUGCAAUGAAACAGGAUGAGGGACUGGCAGUAGUGGAGAGCACAAAGAAAACAGAAGAUGCUACAAGGUCUGUGGAAGACAAAGAGCUUCUGAAGGAACCUACUAAAAAAGACAGCGUCAGCCAAGAAUACAGCCCUACCAGUCCUUCAGAUUUAGCCAAGUUAGAGACUUCUGUUCUUCCAAUACUUGAAGGUCAAACCACAGCCUCUAUAGAACAAUCACAAAUCGAGUUAGACAGUACCAAGUGCCAACUGGAAGUGUCCCCAGUGGAGUCUCCAGAACUCACUUCAGAGGAAGACAGGCAGAGUAGUGAUGCCAUAGAGUCUAAAAAAGAGAAGAAAAAGCUGCUUGUCCCAAUAGAGCUUAAACAAAACAUUCUGGAGGACAGUAGUGAGGGAGAAUCUUCACCUCUCAGUGAGAGGGAAAGUAAACCAGGUGAAGAAAGAGAUAUAGGACUAAAUGAUGCAGUGUCGACAGAAAAAGAGAUUAUGGCUCUAAGCACACCUGAAGAUGUAUCACCAUCUGUUGAGGAAAAACAUACUAAAGAAAAAAAUAUUGAUCAGGAAAACAAACCACUAGAAGAAGAUAUCAAGAAGAAUGAUUCAAGAAAGGCAAGGGGCCUGGUAAAACACCGUAGUAUUAACCCUGAGGAGAUAGACCACACAAGUAUAAAUUCUGUGACUAAAAUUGAGGAACCAAGUAAAAGGGAGCAGACCUGUAAAGAAAAUGGUGCUGGUAUUCGCCAUUUCAAAACCAUCGAACUCAACACUGUAGCCACUGUCCGUCAGACUUCAGAUGAUGGUGAACCUGAGAGCCUUACAGAUUCUCCGGAUGAUAGGUCUAGGGGGGAAGGCUCUUCAAGCUUACAUGCGUCUAGCUUUACUCCAGGCACCUCUCCAACCUCACUAUCCUCUCUUGAUGAAGACAGUGAUAGCAGCAGCCCAAGCCAUAUUAAGAGCAGUAGUGAGGGCAAACAGCACAGGAAAGCAAAGCACCGGCAGCCAGGACAAAUGCUACCCACUAUUGAAGAUUCAUCUGAAGAAGAAGAGCUUCGUGAGGAAGAAGAGCUCCUGAAAGAACAGGAGAAGCAUUCCAGUAAGAAAUCAAAGAAAGAUAAAGAAGAAAUACGAGCACAGAGAAGGAGAGAAAGACCAAAGACUCCCCCAAGCAACCUUUCACCAAUUGAAGAUGCGUCUCCAACUGAAGAGCAGCGUCAGGAAGCAGAGAUGGAGGAAAUCCGUAGAUCCUCCUGUUCAGAUUUUUCCCCAAGCAUGGAAUCUGAGCCAGAAGGUUUUGAGAUUCUUCCAGAAAAGAUCGCUGCUGUUCAAAAAGUCUAUCAUCUGCCAACAUCUGUGUCUUUGUACUCUCCAACAGAUGAACAAUAUGCUAAUAAGCAAUCCAAGGAAACCACAGAAAAACAACCUUCGCAGACUUCUUAUGAAGCUUAUCAGGAAAUAGUGCUUAGAAAAUCUUCAUCAACAGACGAUAUUCCACCUGGAAAAGAAUCUUUAUAUGGUGGAAUGUUAAUUGAAGAUUAUGCCUAUGAGUCCCUGGUUGAAGAUGCACAUGUAGGGAAAGAACCAGAUAAGAUUUCUGUUCCAGAAAAAGCAAAAAAGCUGAGAUCACCAGAUGAAGUUUAUGAGGACAUGAUGCAGAUAAAGAAAGAGAUGUUACUUAAAGAGCAACAGCUGCAAAAAGAUAACACUGUAAGAGAAUUUCACACAACAGACACAACUAAAGAUGGUGUAUUUUCUAGUGCCAGAGACACACCUGACACAAGACAGGACACAGUCUCCACAAGCAUUUCUGGCCAGUUUGGGAAGGAUGGGAAACCACUGUUAAAUGCAGAAGAAGCCUAUAUGGAACUUAUGAAGAAGCAGAGAGCAGUUCUAACACCAGGCACUAGUCCAACACAACAAAUUUCUGAUUUGAGUGCCCGGGCACAUGAUAUACAAGUUACUACUACUGAAAAAACAGAGAUUUUCCCUCAGAGACGAAUUCUUCCUAUACCAGAUCUUACAGUGACUCAGUGUUCUUCUGGUGAAGAGGAAUCCGGUGAAGAGAGCACCGUAGAUCAAAAUCGGGAUAAUAAAACAGUUUCAGGUUUUACAUCAACUUCUACACAUGCUGUAGUGACUGAGCCAACAACAUUUGCUGUCAAUUUAUCUCAGGAAAAAACAACCGGUUCUUCAGCUUCAAAGCAAGCUUCAGGGCCUGUUGCUGAUCCCAUUUCAUCAAGGGCAGAAUCACCAUCACAGAAGGUGUCAUCACAGGCUCCCAUGACUGAACCAACAGACCAGCCAAGUGUUGUUAAUUUGUCAAAGUCUUCAGCCUUGACUCAAGUGAAUGCCUCACCUGCUCCGACUCCCAGUAUAGUUCCUAGACCUGUUCCAGUUACAUCACCUUUACCUACUGUACCACAAUACACUCCAAUAGCACCUAGUGUAAUAUCAACUGCUCCACCUGUCCCACCCAAACCAGCAGUUCUACGCAGAGGUGUGUCUCAGGAAAAAACUGACAUUCCUGCUCCCCCUCCCUUACCUCCACCUACGCUACCUAAGCCUGCUGUUUAUCCCAAAAAGGUUCCACCUCAGGUUCCACAAAGAACAGCUCUGUCUGGUAUACCAAGUACAUGUCCAAUUGCACAGGUGAGACAAAGUAUGGCACCAAAUUUCAAACCACAUGUUCCUCCUCCAGUCCCUCCAAAGCCAUCCACAAUCCCUGCAGGCCUGACAUUCAGCCACAGACAAAUGGAGGCAGUCAAGCCACCCAUAGCUCCAAAACCCAUGUCAAGUGCUCAACCACUUUCUACCAUUUAUUCUCCAGUGAGACCAAGCAUACUCCCAAGCACUGAAGAAGUUGCUUUAAAUUUGAGUCCUGCAUCUGAGAUCAGAACAGGGCCCGCAUCACCGAUAAAAACCCCUACAUCUCCUAGGUUGGGAAAGUCAUUAUAUGAUACCUAUGUGGUUAUUACUUUACCAUCCCAGCCUGGUUCACCUAUAGAAGGUGUGACAACCCAAGCCCGAACAAGUUCUGGUCCCUUAUCACCUAGUAAACAGUCUCAUUUACAGUUUGAUUUUCAGGCCCAGCCACAAACACAAUUGCCACCACAGACGCAAACAAAUAUGGUACCAUUAGCUUUGACAAGUGAUCCAGGAAACGUAAUUUCUAACAUGAGUCAUGUCAAUGAAGCAGUUUCAGCUUCACAGCCCUCAUCUGUAAUUCCAACUGUUGGUGUCCAAGUUGUAACUAAUGAAGUCCAAAGAACAACAGUGUCUGUUGUGCAUGGACAAACACCACCUCCAACACCAAGAGCUACUGGAAUAAUAGCGGUCCAAGGAGAUAUAAACUUCCAACCAUUAGAAGUACAGAAUGGACAUGCUUAUCAUUCCGGGGUGAUUGUUGAUCUGCGUGCUCCAAAAGCAGAUGUAGAUAUACGUAUGAAAGGAGUAGAUCUGUCCUCAUCGGAGACCCAGCGGCAGUGUUUCAUUGCCGAUGGUCGGCAGCAAAGUGCAGUCCACUCAUCUAUAAUGAACUUGAGCACUGACACUUCAUCAGUAUCUGUGGUAACUGACAGCAUGACCAUCCUUACUUGCACAGAUACUAUAGCAUAUGCCAACAAUAAUGUUUCCCAAGUCACUUCAAUGCCUCUACAACUAACAACGUCUAAAUCAUUUGAACCUCUUUCCCAAAUAAUUUAUCGCCCUGUUGAUUCUCAGCCAGAAAAACCAAUCAAUCUCUCCACAACUUUAGGCAAAACACAUUCUGUUUCUGCACCUACAGCCUCGACAAUGGUAAAUAAUGGUGUUAGCACAAGUAUUCCACCUCAACUGGAAAUUUGUGUAUCUGGUGCAAUUGACCUCACAGCUGGUAAGCCAGUACAGACUAUGGUGUCUGUAGAUGGGUCAUCUUUAGAGGUGGUUACAACAGUCAUCUCAGAGGAUGAUAGCAAGCCAGUAGAUCUAACAGCAGGAAGAAAGGCAGUGUGUUGUGAUGUAGUGUACAAGCUUCCAUUUGCUGGUAGCUGUGCCACUCAGCAAUCAUCAGCACCACUGCCAGAGGAUCGUUUUGGCUACAGAGAUGACCACUACCAAUAUGAUCGCUCACCCUAUGGCAUGAGAGGACUUGGAGGAAUCAAGCCUUCCAUGUCGGACACAAAUUUGGCAGAAGCUGGUCUCUUCCUGUACAAAAGUAAAAAUAGGUUUGACUACAAUGGAGAAGUGGAUGGUGCUGUAGAUCUUUCAUCUGGAAAAAUGUCAGGUGAAGCUGUAGACUACUCAAGCAAAGCUACAGGGGCAUUUACCGGAGUUACAAUCCCCCAGUACUCCCAAGCCAGAAUAACGGCUGUUGGAUCUCAUUUUGGAAGUACUAGUGUUUUGAGAUCUUCAAAUGGUGUGGUUUACUCCUCUGUAGCAGCUCCUAAUCCUUCUACAUAUGCUAUAACUACCCAACCUGGAUCUAUUUUCAGUACAACAUACAACUCCUUGUCAGGCAUGCAUACUAGUGAUACAAUGCCAUCACUGUCAAAUCUGCAAAAUCAACCCCUCACUAGAUCACAUAGUUUCCUUUCCACUGUUGCUGUGACUACAGCUGAGGAGCAGGAUGACAUGCCUUUGAACCUGGAGAUAAAUUCUUCAAAAAAUAUUUUCUCUGCUGGUCGAACAGAGAUAGCUCCAACGAUAACCACAGCUGCAUCACUGGACUACACAGAUGCCUCACUUGAGGCAAUUGCGGCAUCAUUAGAAGCUCUCUCCUCACCCAUGCUUCCAGGUGAUGAAAAGUAUCAGAUGGAACGUGAGCUUCUUGAGCUGGAGAAGAUAAAACAGCAACGUCUUGCUGAGGAACUAGAGUGGGAAAGGCAAGAGAUCCAGCGCUUUCGGGAGCAGGAGCAACUUCUAGUUCAGAAAGAGCUUGAAGAGCUACAGGUCAUGAAACAACAGAUCCUGUGUCAACAAGAGGAAGAGAGACAAGCUCACCUCAUGAUGCAAAAAGAGACAUAUGCUCAGCAACAGGAGCAAUUGGAACAGAUUCAAAGGCUUCAGGAGCAGCUGAGGCUACAACUAGAGGAGCAAAAGUACAGACAAAUGUAUCCAGAGGAGAUUCAUGAGCAGAGCCUUGGUCAUAUUGUGGGGACAGACAAAAAGAUGGACAGUGGUUGUCAGACUGAUGAAGAAGACAAUACAGAGAAAGCUUACUCUGCUGGGAGAAAAAAGAAAACUACGAAAAAAAGUGUAGAUAGCUGUGUACAAACAGAUGAUGAAGAUCAAGAUGAGUGGGAAGUUUCAACUCGUGGCAGACGUAGCAAACCACGAGGUGGUAAAUACAGUAUUGGUGAUAGCUGUGGAGUUUCAGUGCAGGCCCUUACAGAAAUUUCUGUACAGACAGAUUCCGCUGGAACACUUAGAGGGCACACUGUGCAAACCGACACUAGGGUUGAUUUUCCUAACUCUGACAGACCUUCUUCUCCCAAGAGACGCCCCACCCCUUUAGAAAUAAGCCAGUCACCACUUCUCAAAACAGAUAGCUCCUCUCUACAAGUUUCUCCCAUUCCUCCUAAAUCCCCCAAAGUCCUUUAUUCACCAAUAUCUCCUUGUAUGUCCCCUAGUAAAUCCCUUGAAUUUGUGUCCUAUGAGAAAUCGAGUGGAGACACCAGCCCACAGAGAAUAUGUUCUGCAGAUCCAUCCAAAGUGGUUCCUAGUAGUCCAAGGGCAAAAGUUUUACAGCGAUCACUAUCUGACCCAAAACCUAUGAGUCCUACAUCAGAAGAAAGAGCUGCCAACUUCCAGUUUUCUGAGGGUUAUACUCAGGGUAAAGGCUCUCCAAGUAGCACUCCCACUGGCACACAAAAGAAAGUAAAGCGAACCCUUCCUAACCCACCUUCAGAGGAGGAGGCUGCCAAUGGUGGCCAAGCAGCAUAUAGCACUGCAUCUGCCCGCCGUCGUCUUUGUCGCAGCUCCAACAUGGCAAGGGCAAAAAUCUUGCAGGAUAUUGAUCGUGAACUGGAUCUGGUAGAACGGGAAUCCUCUAAACUUCGCAAAAAACAGGCUGAAUUGGAUGAGGAAGAGAAAGAGAUUGAUGCUAAAUUGCGCUAUCUGGAGAUGGGCAUCAACAGAAGAAAAGAUGCUUUGCUUAAGGAAAGAGAGAAAAGGGAAAGAGCAUAUCUGCAAAGUGUUGCAGAGGACCGUGAUUAUAUGUCUGACAGUGAAGUGAGCAAUAUCCGAGAAACAAGAAGAAGUGAUGGUAGAGAGGACGCAAGUGGACUUGUACUUGAAAGACCUCACACCGCUCCACAAUCCGAAUUAGAUGAGUUUGUUCCACCACAGACGAAAUAUGAGUAUGGCAAGUACUCCCAGUAUCAUUACCCACAGUAUCAGCAGUCCUUGUACCAGACUCAACAACCCUAUCAGUCCCAAUCCAUCUAUUCUUCUGUGCCCUCUCUUACUGCUUCACAGCAGCAAAGUUACCACCAGAUGCUACUACUACAGCAAAAAGCAAGACAACAAGCUACACUUUUGUCUGAACUGGAUGCCACCAAAGUGUCUACUAAUUAUGAAAACUCCUCUUAUUUGGCAGGGAAGUAUGGCAAUCAUCUAGAACUGCAUGGACUGGAAGACCGUGGAGGCAGCAUAGCAGGAAGUCCCAUGUCCAAUGUUUCUGCAGACUCUUUCUAUGACUUAGAUCAACAUCACCAAACACCCAGAAGUUAUCUUCUUCUAGAGGAUGCAACUGAGCUCACCAAAAGCCCAUCUGGUCUCUCAUCCACCAGUUAUGGAAUUGCUGAGAGGGAACUUGCCAAAGCAGAGCGCCUACUGAGAUGCACAGCAGCAGAUGUUGGCACUGAUUAUCUUGGCAGCUCCUCAAGACUUCAUUCCUAUGGAAAGACUCAAGAUGAUGAAGACUCAAUGGAAGAACCAUAUGAACUGAAGCUUCUUAAGCAGCAAUUAAAGCAAGAAUUUAGGAGGAGCACAGGAGGGACUGAGAGCUUAGAACAGUUGGCUAGCCUCUCACACCACUAUACUCCGAGCACAAGUGUAACAAGUGCAGGCUAUAGGGCUUUCCCUAAGACUGAAAAGUACAGCAUUAGUAGAUUAACCUUGGAAAAGCAGGCAGCCAAACAGCUUCCAACAUCUAUGCUCUACCAGAAACACAAAAGUACCAGCAACAUUGGAAAAUACUCUAUCCAGGACAGUAGAAAUUUAGACACAGAUUAUAGCAGCUACUUGGGAUCUAGCGGUGCCUCGCCAAGAUCGAGCAGAUUAUUACAGGAUGAGAUCACUUUUGGGCUUCGUAAGAACAUUGCUGAUCAGCAGAAGUACCUGGGCUCAAAUCUAGGGGUUAGUUUGGCUGGUUCACUUAACUUAGGCCAGAGUUUAAACUUGAGUUCAGGGGUAAGGGCAUCCCUGGGAGAGGACUCUGUUUAUCCAAGUGGGACCCGCUCCCGGCCUUCCUCUAGGCCUUCCUCCAUGUAUGGCCUGGACCUGUCCAUCAAAAGAGACAUCUCUAGCUCCUCCUUGAGGCUCAAAUCAGAGGGUGACCCUUCCUCAGAGACUUCUGCCUAUCAGACACCAUCAGGUAGGACAAAGCCUACCAGCUUGCCUAUCGGUCAGAGUGGGCGUGGGCGAAUCCCAAUUGUGGCACAAAACUCUGAGGAAGAGAGCCCACUGAGUCCGGUGGGUCAGCCGAUGGGUAUGGCACGGGCAUCUGCAGGUCCGCUCCCACCUAUAUCCGCCGACUCCCGUGACCAGUUUGGGUCAUGUCUCUCCCUUCAGGAUCCCCAACAGCAGCAUCUCAGGGAGGACCCUACUAGAGGAUGCAGCUACAUGCUCAUUGAUGACCUACAGGGCACAAUGUCUGAUAGUGAAGCACUAAGUGAAUCCAUGGUGGGUCUGAACAGAGAUGAUCCAGGAAACACACUUGAAAAUGUCACAGACGCUUACCAUCUCCGUCGGGAGGAGACUGACUGGUUUGACAAGCCACGAGAUGAUGGUCCGGGACUGGACAGGAGACAGAUUAAGUCCCAGCAGUAUCCAUUUUCUUAUGCAAGGAUAAAGCUACAGAGGGAUCCAAAAGAUCGCAGUGUGUCAGGACUUUGCAAUGGGCCUGCAGGCAACGGACUGGGUAUCCGUAUAAUCGGUGGUAAAGAAGUUCCAGGCAGUGAUGGAGAGAUAGGAGCAUAUGUGGCCAAAGUGUUACCUGGGGGAGCAGCAGAACAGUCUGGAAAGAUUGUGGAAGGAAUGCAGGUCCUGGAAUGGAAUGGCAUCUCUUUGUCUAGUAAAACCUAUGAGGAGGUUCAGGCACUGGUCAGUCAGCAAUGUUCGGAAGCGGAGCUCUGUGUUAGACUGGAUCUGAACAUGCUGUCAGACUCAGAGGGCUCCCACUUAGACCUUCAUGAGCCGACUAAAGCAGAACGGCCACCACGUUCUCCAGGUGUUGACCCCAAGCAACUGGCAGCAGAGCUCCAAAAGGUAUCCCAGCAGCAGGCACCCAGCUCCACAGCCUCUUCUCUGACGGCUCUGGACAAAUCCUCGGCUUCAGGAGCUUCCAGCUCUGUGCCAAGUCCCGGGCAGCCAGCUUCACCUUCCGUUAGCAAGAAACGCCACAGCAAGACUUUAGAAGCUGCAAAGACCCAGUCCCACCCAAUCACAGGAGAGAUUCAGCUUCAAAUCAAUUAUGACAAGCAGCUGGGCAACCUCAUUGUUCAUGUUCUCCAAGCGCGGAAUCUGGCACCACGGGACAACAAUGGCUACUCCGACCCCUUUGUCAAAGUCUACUUGCUGCCUGGAAGAGGUCAGGUCAUGGUUGUGCAGAAUGCCAGCGCUGAGAACAAAAGAAGAUCUAAACAUGCUCAAAAGAGCUUGAACCCUGAGUGGAAUCAAACUGUUAUCUACAAGAACAUCCACCUGGAACAGCUGAGGAAGAAGACAUUAGAGGUCAGUGUAUGGGACUAUGACAAGUCAUCCUCCAAUGACUUCCUGGGAGAGGUGCUGAUAGACCUGUCCAACACAUCACAGCUGGAUAACGUACCACGCUGGUUGCCGCUGAAGGAGCAGUGUGAAGGAGAACACCACCGGCGCGCACACACAGGCCAGGGACGCUCACCCAAAGUGGCCAGCGGACACUCAACCAAAACAUCUGGGCACAGCAGUCAGGAUUCCCCGAAAUCUUCUGUCAUCAAGAGCCGCAGCCAUGGCAUCUUCCCCGAUCCUGCCAAGGAUACACAGGUUCCCACUAUUGAGAAAUCUCACAGUAGCCCCAGCACGUCGAAGCCGUCUCCCUCCGAGGGCCAAGCCCGCUCCCAUGGAACCUCACGCGCUCACAGCAAAAGUGGCGCAUCCCGGGCACACCCUGAAGACACCAUGGCAACAGCUGAAGCUGCCAGUGAACAGCAUCGCCUCCAACCAACCCAAACUGGCUGCCUCUCCCUGAGGCAACACAGGCACAGCGUAGCAGGUGUGCUCACCAUACAGACAGCCCUGUCCAACACACCAGGCAAUGAGAUCACUGACGGCCAUCACCUGACCCUCCGAAAAUCCAUGUCGGAAGAAAGGCCUCAGCGGGAUCGAGUGUCCCGCAGCCAUAGAUCUGCUGAUGCUCCUGUUACUGCAGCCUCAUUGGACAGCGGUCUGAGUGGCAGCGCCUUCAGCCUAUUGGAAGAAGAAGGAGAGGAAAACGGAGUGGACAGCGCCAUCUUCCAAGUUCCGAGAUUUAGCGGAAAGAUUCCAAAUGGAACCGAUGUUGUAAAGUCAAUACAUGGAGAAACAGACGGUAAAACCCAGGUAAUGGGGGAGAUAAAAAUCGCUCUGAAGAAGGAGAUGAAGACUGAGGGAGAACACCUGGUAUUGGAGAUCCUUCAGUGCAGAAACAUCACAUACAAAUUUAAGACUCCUGACCACCUGCCAGACAUGUAUGUAAAGCUCUACGUGGUGAACGUAGCCACUCAGAAGAGGAUAAUUAAGAAGAAAACUCGGGUGUGCCGCCACGACCGUGAGCCCUCCUUCAACGAAACAUUCCGUUUCUGCAUGAACCCCACUGGACAUUCCAUUCAGCUCUUCCUGGUAUCAAACGGAGGCAAGUUUGUGAAGAAGACCCUGAUCGGUGAGGCCUACGUGUGGCUGGACAAGGUGGACCUGCGGAAGCGAGUGGUCAGCUGGCACAAGCUACUGGCCACCACAGCUCAGAUCCAAUCCUAGAGGGAGCAGGACAGAGCACUGUAGAUUUAUGUCCCCACCACACACACACACACACACACACACACACACACACACACACACACACUGAGAGUGGUAAUGUGUCUGAGAGAUUAUGCUAAUCUACACUGGUGUGAGCAGGAACCGGGAGCAGGAAGUGUGCUGCUUACGUUUUUCCUGCAUCACAUGCAUGGGGUAAAAGUUUGGCCUUAAGCAGGAAGUAGAUAAAAAAGGAAAAGGGUUUUAAAGAGCUGAUUUCCAUACAUUUGGUCACAUACACUAACACACACAUAUGCACACACAAACACAUACAAACACCCUGCCACAAGGCUCGCUCGUCUGUGUGCGUCUGUGUGUGUGUGUGCACAUACUUGUAUCAACAUAAACAGUCACUGGGCCGCAAAAGACUGGAUGAAAAUGAAUAUGUUACAUUAGUUUUCUGACAUUGCAGGUUUCUUUUGGACAUCUCACUGCCAAGUUCAGGUUUUGGAGCGCCACACAUAGAGAAAUUAUGUAUCAAUAAACUUGAAGUAUAUCACUCUUAGAAGGAUUUAAUUAUGCUUGUUUGAAGAAAGCUAGUUGAGAUCUAUUAUUAUAUUAUUUUUGUAUGAUAUAUUUAGAGUCAUUAUUAGUCACAUUAAUUACUUUGUUCUCUUUGUCUGUCUGUCUGUCUUUCUCUCUUUCACUUUGUGUCUUUCUCUCAGAUGUUACAUUGUGUUGAAAAAAUAUAUCAUAUUAGUAGAUUUAAAGCUAUAUUUUGAAAAUGUUUUAUAGAUAUACAUGGAUGAAAUCUGAUUCAUGUGAUGUAGAAAUAAGUUUGGCUGGUAUCUACUCCUUGCACAGAAAUAGCACUGAUGUUCUUGUGACAUUUUAUCAGAAUUUGGCUGAGGAAGAAAUGAAGCGGUCUGUGGAGAUGAGGCUGGUCUGGUUUUAAAUCCAAAUUAUUAUCUACUGGAGAAAAUCCUCUUGCUUCAUCUAUGGCAUAAACCUGCUUAGAGAAUUAGCCAGAUCUAAUCGAACCGGAUUUCUAAUCGGCUCCACUCUUUAUCUCUAUAGAUGAAUGUUGCCAUAGGAUGUUAUAACCAUUCAGGUAUAUAAAAACAAAAAAAGUUGUGAAGUCCAGCACUGUUCUCAUAGAUGUUUUGCACUUUGUCUCUAGCAUGUCUUGAAUGUAAUGUUCCAUAGUGAUAAGAUUAUUUAGAGAUGGCAGGCAGGUAGGAAAAGUUUCCCAGUCGAGUGUUGCCAUGCCUAUUCCUGUAAUCCCACUUUCCCAAAUAGUCAAUUAAUCAGAAAAUGGUGAUCUUAAAUCAUAAAAUAAAGAGUAUCGGGACAAUGUUUAGGUUGGUGCUUUUAAAGAUCUAGAAUGGAAAAAAAAUCCUUAAAACAGUCAAGGAAUUUUUAAGCCAUGGUUCUCAAAUGGGCAAAAAUUCUCAAAAAUCCUGUGAGGCACAGCAAGGGGUCUUUUUUUCUACAGUUUGUAAGAAAACGCAAUCCGUCAUUAUUGAGUUGGAUUUAUUAAUGAGUUCUUUUAGAUAUUAGGCUGUUAGUUAAAUCGAAUGUCAGUAACAUCAACUCAAAUACAGGUCUAUAAAUAAGUCAUUUAUAAUUAUAAUAUCAUUAUUUAAUAGCUAUAAUAAAAAUUGGUUGUAAGUGGAAUUUAAAAAAAAACGUAAUAAUUAAAUAUAUUGUUAAAAUAAUAUUCAACACAUUUUGGUAAUGUGCCUAAUAUUAUACAGUUCAAAUAAAUAUGUACUGAAUGAGUCUGCUUGGCAAACAUUCACAUAAGUCAAGUCAAGAUAAGGACAGGGUCUGUUUUGUUUACUGGAUAUCGAGCAAGUUAUACUCAGUGUCUUUUAAUUAUUUUCUGAAUAUCUGUUGCCAUACUCUGAAUGCAAAAGCAUGCACUCAUAAUGUGCCAUGUGAAAGGUUUUUCUUUUUUCUUUUUUUACUUUAUCUUUCACAAUCGUGAUUGAUGAUGCCAUAGUCAUUAUAAUCAUUAACCUGGAUAUAUCAAUAACAGACUCAUCAGUUCAUAUGGUACAGGAAUACACACAUGAAGGCCUGGUUAUGGGCGAGCUUGGAAUCUGUGCCAUACUUUGGCCAUAUCUACAGGAUGUAAGCAAUUCUAUGCAACCUAAACGCAUCUGGUAUAUCAAGUAUUUAUGUGUCAGAGAAAGCAUUAUGAAUAAGAACUCUUUUUUAUAUUUUUCUAUGCUUUUAUGAAUGCUUAUUUGUUUUUGUUUGUUUUGUUUAGUUUUUAUUUAUGAUUUUUUUAUGCAUGUUUUACAGCUAUGAGAUUUUAUGUUAUGCUGCACUCAUUUAAAGAGAAAACACAUCAAACCUUUACAUCCCAUCCAAGAGCUAGUUUUGAUUAAAGAUCGUCUGUACAUACGUUAACCUAAAUAUCGACAUGCCGUGUGGUGGCUGCUGUACACUGUGUUUACAACAGGUCUCGUGAGUCCCUUUCGCAUUUAAACAUAGUCUCGUCAACGAGCUUCUCGCCCAUGUCAUGUAGGAAAUAUUUUGUAUUAGCGUACACUUGCGUACAAACGUUAUGCACCAUAACAAUAGCUGCUCCUGUUAACAAUAGUCCAUGCAUAUGUUUUUUUUCUCUGAUCAGAUAUUAAUAUUCAUAUCUAAACAUGCUCCUGCUUCUAAGAGUAAGUGCAUGUUUUCCCCACUUCACCACUGACAUAGGACAACAAACAAACAAAAAUAGUAUUUCUUAUCCUGUAAAUAAAACAAGCUUUCUUUUAUACACAUAGGAUCUUUUGUUAAUUUUUCCAAUUCAGUACAAAGCAUGUGUGAAGCAAACAGCGGAGUAAGAGAGAUACUCUUGACACUCUUAAACACAUGCGCUAAGUGGAAGGAUAAUGUCCACGCUUGCCUGUGACCAGACCAAACCGACCCAACCUGCACAACAGACACAGAAUUCAACUGUGUUAGGAAACUUGACCCUGUUCACGCUGGUAGUAUCAGGACACCUGUGAUGUACUCACUUUGGAUGUUGCAUGUUUCGAUGGUGAUUUGUUCAUACUAUUUUUGUGUCCAGAUUCUGCUCUACAUAAAGAAAGGCAACGUGACUAUGGGGGAAAAAAUAACUGAAAAUUGUAUGUAUGCUGACUGUACAAAGAUAUGCUUGUAAAAUCUGUCUGGUUUUCCACUCACUGUAAACUGGGGAAAAAAAAAAAAAUCAACUAAUGUCAUGGUUUUUGUGGUUGUACACAAACGGUAUUGAUAAAUUAUGCAAAUUGUGCUGUACAAAAGGCUGUUGCCCUAAAUAGUCUAAAUAUUAAAUAAUAUAUGUAAAAUUCUCA